ACUCUCGCGUUUACAGUAGCUCAGCUGCAUCGGGCACAGACAUAACGAGUAACACCCCCUGUCUCCGGACAGUUUUUUCUCGGGGUCGAUGCAGGUAUUUUAUUUGAGGUCAGUCAAAGUUGACAAGUGACCCGGCGACGGAUAAACCCAGUUCGACCGAGAGAAGAGGACACUGGAACCGAAGGUACACAGGUCUGGCGGCUGAAGGUCGUUUUGUAAUCAGAUCAAUAUCUGCUGGGAUGCUUCAGACUCCACGGGCCAUUAGACUCAACUGAGUCCUGCAUCAGUUCACCUUCUCUCUUUCUGCCUUUAAACCAUUUGACCAUCACAUGAGGCUCUGAGACAGACUGAUUUCAGAUCAGAAUGAACAUUGCCUGUAGCUGUUUUGUGUUCCAGAACACUGUGCAUCAAUAAGAGUUCUGCACAUGCUCAGUCGGGCCUGUCUGGUGUUUUAUAGAGUCAGCAGGAAGCAGUCGUUCAUCCUCCUCCUCGUCUGACCUCCAGGAAAAUGCCCUCUGAGCCUCCUCCCAGCUCUCAGGACAUGCUGACAGGACAGAGGCUGUGUCAAUCCAAAUCUCACCAGGACUCGGUCCUCUCUGCCCUUAAUCAGCAGCGCAAGGACGGACUGCUCUGUGAUGUCACUUUGGUUGCAGGGGAACAGAAGUUCCACGCUCACAAGGCGGUCCUGGCAGCAUGCAGCGAUUACUUUCGGGCCAUGUUCAGUCUGUGUAUGGUGGAGAGUGAAGCAGAUGAAGUAACCCUCCAGGGUGUGACUAGUGUGGGACUGAAGCACGCACUGGACUUCGCCUACACAGGCCAGAUCAUGCUGGAGCCAGGAGUGAUACAGGAUGUCCUGUCAGCUGGAAGCCACCUUCAGCUACUGGAACUGCUCAGUCUCUGUUCACACUAUCUCAUUCAGGAGCUGAACAGUUUUAAUUACCUGGACCUGUAUAGGCUGGCAGAUCUCUUCCACCUGCCGGCGCUGGAGGAAGCGGUGGUGGGCUUUGUGGUGGACCACCUCUCGGAGCUGCAGAGGAGCAGACAAGAGGAGGUGCUGCUGCUUCCUUACCGGCUCCUCAGGGAAGUGCUGAAGAGCGACCGCCUCACCUCCCUCAGCGAAGAGGAAAUAUGGCAGUUGCUGGUGCGUUGGUUGGAGCACGACUGCAGAUACCAGUACAUGGAGGAACUGCUGCAACACGUGCGUUACGGCUUGAUGGAGGUCCCCGCCCUGCACCGUGUGGCCAACAGUCAUUCCUUCCUCAACUCCAGCAGCACUGUCGCCGACCUGGUGGAAGAGGCGCUGGACUACCACCGCUCUGUAUUUGCACAGCCUUUACGUCAGACGGCCCGCACCACACCACGCUUCCAGUCAUUAACACUUUAUAUUGUUGGUGGACGGAAACGAGAGGUCAGCCGUGUACGGGAGCUGCGGUUCUUCAAUCCUGCUGCGCAGGAGCACAUGCGUGUUACUGGUGGUUCCAAUUGGAGCGAACUAGCACCCAUGCCUGCUGGACGAAGUCACCAUUGUGUGGCGGUCAUGGGCAGUUUUUUGUUUGUGGCAGGCGGGGAGGUGGAACACGCCACCGGUAGGACAUGCGCGGUGAGGACGGCAUGCAGGUAUGAUCCGAGGGUAAACCGAUGGACUGAUAUUGCACCCAUGAAGGCGUGCAGGGAGCACUUUGUGCUGGGAGCCCUGGGACAGUAUCUAUAUGCCGUCGGGGGCAGGAAUGAACUGAGGCAGGUUCUGCCCAGUGUGGAGCGGUACUGCCCCAAGAGGAACAAGUGGACCUAUGUGCAACCAUUUGACCGCUCGCUGUCCUGUCAUGCAGGUUGUGUGGCGGAUGGGCUGCUCUGGGUCUCAGGUGGUGUCACUAACACAGCUCAGUACCAGAACCGACUGAUGGUGUAUGACCCAGGACAGAAUCAGUGGUUGGUCCGUAGUCCCAUGUUGCAGAGGAGGGUGUACCAUGUGAUGGCGGCAGUAAAAAGGCAGCUGUAUGUGCUUGGUGGGAACGAUCUGGACUAUAACAAUGACCGAAUUCUGGUCAGACACAUCGACUCUUAUGACAUAGACAUGGACCAGUGGACGCGCUGUACCUUCAGUCUCCUCACAGGUCAAAAUGAGGCAGGAGUGUCCGUCCAUGAUGACAGAAUCUAUGUGGUUGGUGGCUAUUCGAUCUGGACGAAUGAACCCCUUGCCUGCAUUCAGGUGCUAGACGUGAGCACCAAGGGUAAAGAGGAGGUUUUUUACGGGCCGACGCUCCCAUUCGCUUCCAAUGGCGUGGCGACGUGUUUCUUGCCUGCGCCGUACUUCACCUGCCCCAACCUACAGACCCUACAAGUGCCACACCACCGGAUAGGAGCUCUCUAACAUCUCCACUCAUAACUCAUCAAGGACAAACACACUAAAAACUAGUGGAAUUAUGUGAGGGCCUAUUGUACUCCCACAAAUGGUGAUGGAUGGAUAAAGUGGAGUCAUUGUUGAUCAUACACUGAUCAUGCAGAGCUAGUAUGAAGUGUUCUGAUGGUUGUGGAAACCUUCAAAAGAAGUUCAAGAGUUGUUUAUUGUCAAGCUUCACUGGCGUUUUAUGCGUUUUCGAGCUGGAUGUGCUGUGCAGAUGCACUAUGCUAAUUCAGUUUAAGCGUUUAAGCCACUUUAUGGCUCAGUCCAAAAUUGUACACUUGAUAUGAACCUGCUGUCCGUCAUGUUCACAAGACUGGACGUUCAAAAGGUUGUUUAUAACUUGCACUGGACUUUUACUCAAUAAACCGUUAUUUAAUAAUAAAUCAUCAAAAUGUUAGAGCAGCAUUGUGAACAGGCAGCACGCCAAUGGCCUGUACUCAUAGAUAUUUUAAGAGUCAAUCAUCUCUCCUUUCUGACCUUAAUGUUCUUCAGCUUUAUCAUGUUGGUCUCAGUGUGUUUCAUUUCUCAACCUGUGACAAACUGUACUUUCUAUCAAAACUCAGGAUGAAGACCGUGCAGUUGUUUACUGAAUGUGUAUGACCAUAAAUGCAUACUUGGCAUCUUCACAAUCUGCGUCAACAGCAGGCAUCUUGACUGUUCUUCAUCCAGACACUGCUCAUUCCAUGAGAAAACAUGUAAGGGCACUCCUUUUUUACUCAAAGUCUCUAAUAAAUAAAACGUUUAUGCAGUA